AUGCGGCGUUUUGACCCACGUUACUCAACGUCAAGGCGUGGUUCAAAUGAAGACAAAGCGACACGUAGUGGUGAAGAAACUUACAAAGACGCAAACAUAACUAUCAAGUCGCCACCCAAUCUACAUAUCAGGAAAAGACCUUCAUCACAAGACACCUCAAACAUAUUCAUUGACUCAUUACUUGAUAAAUCUACUGCUAAUGUUAAAAGUGAGUUUGAUAAAUCAAUAAAUGUUGUCAAGAAAGAGUUUAGUUCAUUGUGGACCGAUGUUGUGAAAAAUAAAUUGGAAGUAGUAACUAAUGAAGUCAAAUCUGUUAAACACACGUUAGAUGUAUCCAAUGAUAGCAAAGAACGGGAGAAUAACAUGGUUAUAUUCAAUUUGAAGGAAUCUGAAAAUGCUGGCAAGGAUAGAGAUGUUGUCAUGUUUAUUUUGAUGUCAAUGACAGAGAACAAACUUAAUGAAGCUGAUAUUCUGGUAUUAACUCGUCAGGGACAUAGACGUGACGGAGUUUUGAGGCCUGUCAUCAUCAAAUUCAGUAAUGCUGUAUCGAAAAUGUUUACGCUGAAGACAUCCUUCAGAAUUAUGUUGCUUGAAGGUGACUUAAAAAAUAUUAGGGUAAGUCAUGACCUAAGCCCUGAACAGCGUGUUGAAUUGAAAUCGCUGUUGGAUAAAGCCAAGUCUAAAAAUGUUUAA